CAUAAAUCAGCGACCAAGACCUUAUAUAUGCAAUUUGACUUUCCUACAACUACACUCAAUCGGUUCAAAUUCUCUCAUCUCGUUUACUUUUGGAUCGAUAGAUUUCGCUUUUUUCUGAUAGACAGGGAGAAAGAGCAGCUACGUCCAAUCCCUUAAUUUCGAUAACUGAAGUAACACUGUUUGUGAGUCCUCUAUGGAAUCUGGUGAUUGGAGGUCUCAGCUGACAGAUAUUUCACGGAACAGGAUCGUGAACAAGAUAACUGAUAUCUUGAAGAGAUAUAUUCCGAUUUCUGGACCAGAGGCUGAGGCAGAGGGGCUACAAGAACUAAGAAAAAUAGCUUUGAAAUUUGAACAGAAGAUUUAUACUUCUCCAACAACUGCAAAUCAGAAUGAUUAUUUGCGGAAGAUAGCCUUGAAGAUGAAGGUUAUGGAAACGAUAUCACAAAAUCCCAUGCCAGAUGCAAUGCAUUCUAACCCUGGUGCUAAUUCUGUAAACCCCUCGGAUCCAGAAAUUCCACAUAACCCCAACACCCAAAUAGGAAUGAUACAACUUUGUCUUCAAGCAUACAUCUUCUUACCCUUCAACUUUUGGCUUUCAAGCCUGUGACUAGAGCUUUGAAAUGGUGUUGGGAUGUUCAAAUUCAAAGAAAGAAAAGAAGUAGAAACAACGAGAGAGGACAGCAAGAACGAAGAGCAACGAACAACGAAAGCCUGAUAUAUUUCCUCAACUCACACGAGGAAAAUACUAACACAAAGUUAGGACUUUUAGUUGAGUGAAUGGAUUUAGAAUACUAAGAGCAUCUCCGGUAUCAAUUAGAAUAAGUGUCACAUCUUCAUAUAAUUAAUCUUUAAUUUUGACCUCUAAAUAAGUUAUCAUUCCAAUGGUUAAGUUUAUUUAAAAGUUUGUUUUAUAAAUAUAAGUAAUUUAUCCUCAUCUAUUUAAAAUCCUUUACGUGGAAGAAUUUCGAAU